AUGUCUUCCACCGCAGAGAUCCAAUCGGCGGAGAGCCAGCGUGUCACCAAUUACAUUGUGGUGGCCACGACCGCGUUCUAUAUCUACGACUGUCUCAUCACCUUUGACAUGGAGCUUCAGGUCGUCUGGGCACGUAAAGCCACUGGCGCCAGCGUCCUGUUUAUCAUGAACCGUUAUGUGUGCCUCGUCGUCCAGGCGCUGGAGAUGAUCUGUCAGUUCGCUGACAUCUCCUGCACGAUAGCAGUCUGGGCAGCUCAGAGUAUAGUCUUCUCCGGCCUGCGGGUCUACGGCGUUAAUGGCCGUCAAUGGAAGACGCCGCUGCUCGUAGUCGUGCUGGGAAUGGUCCCAGCCGCUGCAAAUUUAGUUUAUACCGUCAAUUGGAGAAUGGUGCCGGACACGUCCACCUGUGUUAUUACACUGGAUACAAGCCCCCGCGCGCUCAAUCAGUUCGUUCUAGUGAUCGUCGCGACGGAGAUAUGUCAGAGCGCAGGGGAGGCCCUCACCCUUGGUGCGACCUGGUACGCGACAUAUCAGGUUAGGAAACUCGCGCAUGGGACCGAUCUCAAACCAAGCAUCGCGUUUCUGCUUCUAAGGGACGGUGAUCUGUACUUUGGUGUUCUCUUCGCCAUGUGCAUGCUCGAGAUCGCGCUCAACCUUGUGGCGGUGGCGGUCUAUUAUGCGAGAGAGCACACGAGCUUGAUGUCGGAGCCAUCCGAGGUGCGCUUCGCACCGGACCUGUUCGUCGGGAACAUGGGUGCCCCGCUUGCGACUGGGGGAUCCCGCGAUACAUUGGCAUCGCUGGAGUUCGGCGAAAACGAGACAGCGGUAGACGAUAGCGAGCAGAUAAUGAGAGCUGCAGACCUCGAGGACGGACUAGAGGAGAAGGCUGAGAUUGUGGAGGCGCCGUUCAGCUUUGAACUCGGAGUUGUACAUCCGGCGCAGAACCUGAUUAGGGACACAUAG